AUGACAGAGUCACAGAAUAAGGUUUUUUCCGCCUUUUGUUUGAGUCCUCAUGAACCAAUGUCUGCGUCUUUGGCGUUCACAACUGAAGCCAUUAAGUUGUUGGAGGAAGAGCAGUUUCUUCUGUUGAAUAAGAAAGAAAAGGACCCGUUGAAACCGAAGCAACCCAUGUCUGCGUUUUUCAUGUUCAGAAAUGAGCGAAGAGCGGAGAGCAAGAGUGGCUGGGAGAGUCACAAAAUAAGGUUUUUUCCGCCUUUUGGUACUCCGACAUCCUCCGCCGCGUCUUCUGCACCGACAACAGAAAGGAAGUUCAGAAGGAAAAAAGUUAGAGUUAUGAUUUUUGAUCUUCAUGAUUUUGAUCAUCACAGUUUGAGUCCUCAUCAACCAAUGUCUGCGUCUCUAGCGUUCACAACUGAAACCAUGAAGUUGUUGGAGGAAGAGCAGUUUCUUCAGUUGAAUAAGAAAGAAAAGGACCCGUUGAAACCGAAGCAACCCAUGCCUACGUUUUUCAUGUUCAGAAAUGAGCGAAGAGCAAAGAGAAAGAGUGGCUGGGAGAUUGCAAAACAAAACAUGUAA